AUUCUAUAUCCAGCCCUUUUAUCCAAAUUUAACUGCGAUUCAACCGUAUAUUGAAUAUAUUUUGAAUAUAAAUUCGAAAUCAUACAAUAUUCUUUGCUUCGAACGAUCGAAAAGCGUUAUUUUAUAUUCCUCGAUUUUACACGUAAAAUCCGCAUCACGAUCGCGCCACUCGCCAUAAUACAAUCUGUACAAUAAUCACGCUAAACCCCAUCCCCUCUCUCUACAUCAUUCAAAUCUGUCCAUCAUAUUGAAAAUCAUUUUCCAGAAACGGAUCGUACCAUCGUAUCAUCGAAACCUGUUCAUCAAAAAUCUUCGAAAAAUCCAUCGAAAAAUAUCGGAGGGGAAAAAGAGAUGAAGAGGAAAAAAAAGAAAAGAAAAAAAUUAAAAAUUAACGAGUCAAUCCGAAAAUGUAAUUAACUUGAAGGAGUUUUAAUAUUCGAUCCUCUGUAUAUGUACACGUAUCUUAGCGAGAGGAAUUGGCAUAAUAAAACGAAGGCGUGGGUAAAAGUGAAGCUGACAUGAUGGUAGUUCUGUAGGACGAUUAGGAGAACAAAGGAGGGGGCGAGGGAGGCUUAUCUGGCGGGCAAAAUGUCAAUUAACACCGAAUCAAUGGGGGAUUUAAAGGAUCGAUUGACAAUGGAAAAGAUGGAUUCUGUGCCAGGAUGUGUUUCGAACUCGCACCACGUUCCGCUUUUUUAUGGCCGUUCGUUAGCGGAGUUGCCUGCCUACGCCCGAGUUAAAGCUAGGAUUAUUUCCGAGAGGAGAGGGGAGACGAAGAAAAAGAGGGAGAGACGAUUGGCAAAACAUUCUCGAAUACCUUCUCGCACGGAAAAUAACCGAGCUCUCGAGAACAAUCGAUUAUCCCCAUUCGUGAGUAGUAGCCUAUUCUUCAAUUACAUCGACCGAACGUAAUUUCCUCCCUCCUUAGAUUUAACGAGUGAAAGUUACAGCCACCAUCCACCUUCCUUCAUCGGGCACAAUUUCCUGCCCUCCUCCUCGCCCCCGUCUUCUCUCACCGGCCACCAUCCAGUUCCAGUUCCAGUUCCACGACUGGGUCCAUCCCUCGAUUGUCCAUUACAGUCCACGUCAUCCCCCGGUGUUCAUACAAUUAGAUUGAAAUUCCGGUUUAUACACCGGUGGACGGACACGGUUUGGAGAAUCGGUAACCAAUCGAUGGACCAAAGUUGGCCCAGCGUUCCGCGACACUCUGCAAAUUGCUCGGCUGGGACGUGGACAUCAACAAAGGGGUAAUCUCAUGCGAUACGCGACAUUGAUGAUUAAAGUUACAUCGUCGAAAAUGGAGAAGAGAGGGAGAGAGAGAAGAGUACAUUUGGUGCAUACAC